AUGGCACUCGCUGCGCUGUAUACACAGUCUCGAACAGAAGACUCCCGGCUACCCCGUGCUCAUGGUUUCAUCGUGGAUCACGGAGUGAGACCUGAGAGCACCGAGGAAGCGGAGUGGGUUGCAAUGCAGUUGCGCUCGAAGCUUGGCAUUGAAUCCACCGUCCUUCCGCUCACAUGGCCCGACAACUUCGACCCCAAGGACUUCAAGCGAUUCGAAACCGAAGCGCGCACUCUCCGCUACCAAGCGCUAGGCCGAGCAUGUAGAGACAUGAGGAUUACACGUCUCAUGGUGGCACAUCAUGCAGACGACCAAGCGGAGACAGUCAUGAUGAGGUUGGCGAACAACAGACUGCGAUCGGGGCUCCAGGCGAUGCAGCGCAAAGAGUGGAUACCAGAGUGUGAGGGUAUAUACGGCGUGUACCACAGCGGCGACCAACAAAAGCCCAAUCGCAGCCUAGACAUACCGUUCCCUGUCGAGCAGGGAGGCGUACAAAUUUUCCGGCCACUGUUGACGUUCGAGAAGACAAGACUGAUCGCAACGUGUGAAGAGAAAGGUGUAGCCUGGGCAGAGGACAAGACGAACCAGAUAAAAACGCUUACGUCCCGCAACGCUAUACGCCAUAUAUACAAGAACCAUAAACUUCCAGAGGUUCUGAGUGUCAAGUCGCUGGUUAAUGUUUCGCAGCAUAUGCAAGAGCGCAUCAAGCGACAUAGAACCCUCGCAAACGAACUCUUCGACAAGUGCCUGAUAAAACUCGACAUACAGACAGGUUGUCUUGUGGUCCGAUUUCCUCCUUUCUCCGACCUACUACCUUCUACAAUCUAUAACGAAGCCGACAAGAUCGAUAAGACCUACGCGAAGAACACAGCAUAUUGUCUGAUAGAACGCGUGGCGGAACUAGUCACGCCCCGCUCUAAAGCGCCUCUUGGUCAGCUCGCAGCAACUGUCUGUCGCAUUUAUCCCGAACUUGAGGAUCUGGAAGAUGACGAGGGGCCCGAACAUUGGAACGUGGUGCGGAAGAAGAACUACUGCGUCUACAACGUGUGGUGGCGCUUCUGGGACCAAACUUCGCCGUUUGACAGGCGUAAGCACCAAGAAGCAGGCAUCGAUCCGUCUUUACCCCAUCCACGAGAAUGGCUGCUCACACGACAACCCCUCGAUACGAACGAGAAAGCAGAUGCCGGGAAUCACAUCGUCUUCCCCCCACAGACAUCUCCGAGAUCAGAGUUCCGACUUUUUGAUGGCCGCUACUGGAUCCGGCUGCGCAACCGUCUUCCGUACGACAAUCUGGUUCUGCGCAUCUUCUCAAAAGACGACAUGCGCUACUUGCCAACUUAUCAGCAGAACAAAGCCCAAAUGCAGGAGUCUGAUGCUGGUCGUCCUUACCGCUACAUCAUGGCCGCUUUUGAUCUCCUCAAACCAGCCGAUCUACGUUUCACCCUACCUGCCGUUUUUCGAAAAGACUGCAAAACGGGUGAGGAAACUCUGAUAGGGUUUCCAACGCUCGACGUGCGCACUCAUGGCUUUGGAGCACCAAAAGAAAUCUGUGAUUGGACUGUGCGCUACAAGAAAAUCGACUUUGGGUCACGGUCAGCGGGUGAUCUCAUUAUACCGGGCAGUUCGAGAAAAGACAUCAUUGUUGAGGAGAUGCGGGAGAGGAAGACUCUGGAAGGUGUCGAAAAGGCACGGAAGGCGGAGGCACGGAAAGAGAGACACAAGGAGGCACUAAAGGCGAAGAAACAGCAACAACGUGAAGAGACUAGCAACGAUGCUCUCAUAGGGUACAAGCGCGUGGUACAUGUUGAUGGAAGGGAUGGAAAGAGAAGAGAGUGGAAAGCCGCUGCAGAGAAUGUGCAAAGAAGUAUGCAAGCAGAGGAGGCGGAUGCACUAAGCUUCUUGGAGAAAGAGAGCAGAAGGUAG